AUUUACUGAAUGUGAGACUGUGUGAAGCAGACAACCUGUACCAGGACCCUUCAGAGAUGCAACUGUCUUUUUCUCGACCACGCCCCUGGACACUUCUUCUGAUGGUGGUGUCCAACGUCCUUUUAUGGGAGAAUGUGUCCUCUGGAAAUUUGAAUAGCAAUGAGACUGAUGGCGAUCUACUAUUCACCGAGGGCCUGUUUGAUACUGCCACAAGACUGUCUCAGGAUAUCAGGGACCUUGAUAUAGAAUUUCUCAGGACGUAUGCAGUCAACGAAGUCUCUGAAAAAUUGCACAACAAUCAUAUGCUUGAGUUUAUUGAGGAUAUGGAGUUCGUGGUCAAGGCUCUCACUUGCUGCCACAAUUAUUCCAUCAAAACUCCAGAAAACCUGGAUGAAGCUCAACAGAUCCCUUUUAACGACUUUCCAAAGCUGAUCCUCAGUAGAAUGUGGGGUUGGAACGAAACUUCUAAAAAUCUACUGACCAUACUCCGAAGUAUUCCAGGAAUGCAUGAUGAUGUCAUUUCAUUAGCCCAAGCCACUGAAAGAAAACUUGCUGAGCUUUUCGAGUACACCCAGAAUAUACUUACCUUGAUUUUCGGGCCAACAGAAAAUGUAGAUCACUCCAUCUUUUCUGGUCUUGAAGACUUAAAGGCAUCUGAUGAAGAACUUCGCUUUUUUGCUCUUUGUAAAUUUUCAUAUUGCUUACGUGUAGAUUUACAAACGAUUGAACUUUAUUUCAAGCUAUUGCAAUGUGCGGUAAAUGUUAAUAGUAACGUUUGCUUAUCCAUCAAUAGUGAAGAUUCUUCAUGAUACCGAAUCAUUUUAAAUAAUCUUAAUUUUACAAUUGUGAAUAAUGGGUGUCUUUGAAAAGAAAAAAAAUAUAUAUGUUAAAGUUUACAAAGAAAA